UUUCUUUCCUGUUUGGGGUUAUAACUUGAUUGUCAUGGAGCUCUCAUUGUUGCUUUGAAAAAUUUGAGCCGCUUCUUGAGAAAACGCAAAUUUUCAAACACUUAGCCAGUGAUUGCCCUCUGUUGAGCAUGGCUAAUACCAAAGCUGCUACAACUAGCAAAUCAUCUAAGACGGGAUCCUCGCCCUCAGACGAAUUGGAAAAUUAUAAGGCUGCCGCUAAGAUUGUGGCUCAAACAGUCAGGAAGCUGAUAGAACUUUCUGUUGAGGGAGCAAAGGUGAUCGAUCUCUGUGUGGAAGGUGACAAGCUCAUCGAAAGCGGCCUCAGUACCCUAGAAACUAAAUCUCAAAAAGGCGAAAAGACUACCAAAGGAAUCGCAUUCCCAACCUCAAUUUCAGUGAACAAUAUCAUUUCUCACUUUUCCCCUCUCCCCUCGGAUAUCAAAGCAGGGCUGAAACUCGCAAAGGACGACGUUGUCAAGAUCCACGUUGGGGCUCACGUUGAUGGUUUUGCGUCCGUUCAUGCAGAGACCAUUGUGGUUGGUGCUUCAAUCGAAAACCCAGUGACGGGCCCUCGAGCGGACGUCCUCAAAGCAGCGUGGACUGCUGCAGAAAUUGCGACGCGCCUGAUCAGGGUUGGGGAGAGGAAUUGGAGCGUCACAGACGCCGUCAGUAAAGUGGCAACAGUAUUUAACUGCAAGCCUGUCGAAGGGAUGCUUUCGUGCCAACAAUCGAGAAAUGUCGUCGAUGGAAAGAAACGUAUCAUUUUGGAUGCUUAUCAAGGCGCACGAUCCGGUGUCGACACCUGCACUUUUGAGGAAGGUGAAGUUUGGGGAAUGGACAUCCUCGUAACAAGUGCAUCGGACAAUAAGCCCAAGCAGACGAAAGAUGAGCGUACUUCGAUCUAUCAACGGGUUCCUGAUGUUACGUAUCAACUCAAGUUGAAGACCUCGCGAGCCGUGUUCUCUGAGAUCCAGAAGAAGGCUGGUACAUUCCCUUUCAACAUUCGAUACCUAGAAGACGAGAAGAGAGGACGUGUCGGGGUGCAAGAGGCUGAGAAGCACGGCCUCCUUAGGGCAUACGACGUGCAGCAAUCAUUGCCGGGAACCUUCGUCGCCGCGUUCCACUUCACACUUGCACUUCUUCCAACAGGGCCAUAUCUUAUCACCGAACCACCUGUCUGGUAUAGUCCAGAGAAGGUCAAAUCUGAAAAGGAGCUGACAGACCCUGCACUCAAGGAUUUAUUGACUAAAGCGCUGGGGGAGAAGGAUGAUAAGGGUGAAGAGGGUGCUGCUAAGGCAGCUGACUGAACAAUAUCAGGCUGGUGAAGCCAUAUGUGUAUCACUAGUUCAAAUCACGCGCAAGGAUCGUUGAGAAAGGCUAAAUGUUCGAUUUAGAUGCUUCAGCGUCAUCCCCGAAUGCUUCUAACGUCCGCGCAACAAGUUCAACACUCUCCAAGAAUGAGUUUGAUACCAGCCUCGCGAG